AUAUCUACCCUCCACUUCCUCUCGUGAUUUUCCACUUGACAAUCAAAUCAAGAUUGACCUUGGAAUGAUCGUGGCCAUGGGGGAAAAGAAGCCUUAUUUGGUAGCUAUUCUGUUCCAGUCCAUAAUUGCUGGGACGUUUAUACUGUCAAAGGCUGUACUGAAUGAAGGUAUGAACAGUUUUGUGUUCAUAUUUUACAGACAACUGGCUGGAGCUAUUGUCUUGAUCGCUGUAGUCAUCUUCAAAAGAGAAAGCCCGACGCCAAUUUCAUCUAUGGCCUUCUGGAAGAUUUUUAUGCUUUCUCUAGUAGGCAUCACUUUAGGGUUCAAUGUUUAUGGCGUCGCCCUUGAAUAUACAUCUCCAACUCUUGCUGCGGCUUCCAAUAAUUGUCUCCAGCCCAUGACAUUUUUCCUCACAAUUUUGCUCGGGAUGGAGAAGGUGAAAUUGAGGACAAUUGGUGGAGUUGCAAAGGUUGUAGGCAUAAUGUUGUGCAUGUCAGGUGUGGUGACCCUUGCCCUCUAUAAAGGCCCCUAUUUGAGACCAAUUGUCCAUCAUCACCUCCUUGAUGGUAGCCAACAAGCUCAGAAUCACUAUUCUGGGGACCAAAACUGGAUUAAGGGUUGCUUACUCAUGUUUCUUGCCACUUUGUGUUGGGCUCUUUGGUAUGUUUAUCAGGCACCAGUUAUGAAAGAUUGCCCGUCAAUGCUCAUCUUCACAACCCUGCAAAGUCUUCUAAGCGCAAUUCAGACAGGUGCAGUUGCCAUUGCAGUGGAAAGAGAUAUCUUUCAAUGGAAACUAGGUUGGGAUGUUAGGCUCAUUGCAGUAGUUUACAGCGGAAUUAUGACUACUGCUGUUGGGACCAACUUAAUGGCAUGGUUGCUAGAGAAGAAAGGGCCAGUUUUUCAUGCCAUGUGGACCCCACUUGGUCUAGUUAUCACAACCCUUUUCUCCACCUUCCUCCUAGGCGAGGUCAUUAGUCUUGGAAGUGUUCUGGGUGGAAUCUUAUUGGUGGGAAGCCUGUAUUGUGUACUGUGGGGGAAGAGAAAAGAAGAGGAGCUGAAGAGGUUAAGUAUUCAAGGUGCUUUAAAAGCUGAAGUUGAACAACAUAUUUAGAAACAGGGGUCAUAUCCCGUCCAGUUUCUUCCAGUUCAGUUUGGACCAUUUGUGAGUCGUUCCCGGUCCAACACCGGCUUGUAUUGGUUCAAAUGAAGUUUCAAUUGAACUAACAUAAAUAAUCUUGUCACAAGGGAAAAUAGCUUGAAUCUAUCAAAACUUUAUCCAAUAUUGAGACAUAUACUUCUCCAUUGCCUAUCUCACUAGUGCCCCUCAAUGUCUCGUUUACACAGAACAUAAAAACCAAAACCAAAACCAAAAUCAUAAGUAUUAGCUUUAAGUAGCUGUGAUUCACAGACUUUCGAUGGUUACACACCAUUAAAAUGUGUCAAGGUGAUUAGAGAGUUUAGUCCCAAUUUUUUGCAUGUUAACUAUGCGACCUUGGAUGUACACAGAGAAACUGUGGCACACAAUAUUGUCAAUUG